AUGACGGCAACAGCAAGAGGGAUGAUGAAGCUUCCUGCUUCAUCAAUUGGCCGGAACAUCGCUCGUGGCAUAGCUUCAAGCACAUCUCGUCGAACAUUCGCGACAUCGCCUCGAUCAUUUCUGACACGCGCGCGGCCGAGCCUCGACAAGAACCAACUUCGUCGAGACUUCCGUCGUGCAUACGCUGAUGCUGCGCCAGCUCCUGCUCCAGCCAAAAAAGCUAGAAGAUUCCGUUAUUUCAGAUUCCUCUGGCGGCUCACAUACCUCUCUGCAAUUGCCGGAACUGCUUAUCUCGCACAUGGCGUUUGGGAACUUCGACAUCCCGAGGAGCAGUUUGAGCCAGAUCCUUCCAAGAAGAACCUGGUCAUUCUAGGAACUGGAUGGGGUGCAGUUUCCCUCCUCAAAAAGCUCGACACAGAGAACUACAAUGUUAUUGUUAUCUCACCGCGAAACUACUUCCUAUUCACGCCUCUUUUGCCAUCAUGCACCACUGGAACCGUUGAGCAUAGAUCGAUCAUGGAGCCCAUCCGAAGUAUCACUAGGCAUAAACAGGCCGCCGUAAAGUUCUAUGAAGCUGAAGCAACAAAAAUUGACCAUGUGAACAAAAUUAUUACCAUCGAUGACAACUCCGAUAUUAAGGGCGCAAUGAGCAAGACGGGGGUGCCUUAUGACAUGCUCGUGGUUAGUGUAGGUGCUGAGAAUGCUACUUUUGGUAUUCCAGGGGUGAGGGAAAACGCCUGCUUCUUGAAGGAGAUUGGCGACGCACAGCAGAUUCGGAAGAAGAUUAUGGACUGCGUAGAGACGGCAACCUUCAAGGACCAAAGUCCGGAAGAAAUUGAGCGUCUUCUACACAUGGUGGUUGUUGGCGGCGGGCCUACUGGUGUGGAAUUCGCUGGCGAGCUUCAGGACUUCUUUGAUCAGGAUGUCAAGAAGUGGGUCCCCGAGAUCAGCGAUAAAGUCAAGGUGACUCUCAUUGAAGCCCUUCCCAAUGUCCUUCCUAUGUUCUCGAAGCAGCUUAUCGAUUAUACCGAAUCGACCUUCAAGGAGGAAAAGAUUACCAUCAAGACGAAGACUGCGGUGAAGAAGGUCACCGAAUCAACAGUUGAGGCUGAGGCAACCGGCCCAGAUGGAAAGAAGUAUACCGAGAUUUUGCCUUACGGUCUGCUGGUUUGGGCUACUGGAAAUGCAGUCCGACCAGUCGUCGGGGAUCUAAUGUCGCAAAUCCCAGCGCAAAAGGAUUCACGGAGAGGCCUUGCUGUCAAUGAAUAUCUUGUCGUCCAGGGUACCCACGAUAUCUGGGCUGUUGGUGAUUGUGCCGUUUCUGGAUAUGCGCCAACUGCACAAGUAGCAUCUCAAGAAGGCUCCUUCCUAGCUCGACUUUUCAACACCAUGGCGAAGACCGAAGCCAUCGAAGAUCACAUCCAUGAUUUGAGCUCAACUCUCAACCUGAAGCCCGGAAAUGCCGCCGAAAUCGCAAAGGAGAUCGAAGAGAAUGAGAAGCAGCUGAGAAGAAUUAAGGACAUCAAGCCUUUCCAUUAUACGCAUCAAGGCUCGUUGGCCUAUAUUGGAAGCGACAGAGCUGUGGCUGAUGUUAGCUGGUUGAAUGGAAACUUCGCAACCGGUGGUGGAUUAACCUAUCUAUUCUGGAGGAGCGCGUAUCUGAGCAUGUGCUUUAGUACUCGCAACCGCGUUCUUGUCGUCAUCGAUUGGGCGAAGUCCAAGGUUUUUGGUCGUGAUGUCUCCCGAGAGUAA